AUGCCUAGCAAAAGGGUACUUUCACCAAGUUUCAAUGCAUUGACUAAAAAAAAAAAGCUUGUGGGCGCCCCUGGUGAGCCGAACGUCACAAAAAUAACUGGUUCAACCAGAGUAAAAGGUGAUGAAAUGACAAGAAAAGAGAGUGCUUACCGUGCCAUUGAUGAUUCGGUCCCAGAAAUUGACAAUAACGAUCAUUCUGCACGAGUCAAGGUUGAAUUUGAAUACGAACUCCCGCCAAACGUCUUUCCCAAAGCUGAUCCAGAGGAUAUUAAUGCGGGUCCCCCGGCGUGGACAACAAUCUAUAAUGAGAUUGUCGAAAUGAGAUCCAAAUUUCAUGCUCCCGUGGAUGGUCAAGGCUGCGAAAGCAUGCCCAAUACAAUAACUCCUGGCUUGAAACUAAGUGAUCCAAAAAGAUACCGAUUUCAAUUAUUGAUCUCACUUAUGCUAAGCUCGCAGACAAAAGACGAGGUAAAUUACGACGCGAUGGUCAAUUUGAAUACUGGACUCGGAAACAAACAUGCUCAAGGGUUCUGUCUUGAAGCGAUGUCGCAACUAUCACCACCAGAAAUCGAUUCCUAUAUAUGCAAAGUUGGAUUCCAUAAUCGAAAAGCUCAAUACAUUGCAAAGACGUGUCAAAUUUUGAAAUCUGAGUUUGAUGGAGAUAUACCCAAAACUAUUGAAGAAAUUGUUAAACUACCUGGAGUCGGUCCCAAAAUGGGAUACCUCCUAUUACAAGCGGGUUGGGGCAUCAAUAGUGGAAUAGGAGUUGAUGUGCACUUACAUCGACUAGCAUUGCUAUGGGGCUGGGUGUCAAAAAAGGCAACAACUCCUGAGAAAUGUCGAUUGGAGUUGGAGAGCUGGAUUCCAAAAAAGUACUGGAGUGAUAUAAAUCCCUUAAUCGUUGGGUUUGGACAGGUUGUCUGUGUGCCAAGGGCCAGUAAUUGUGACAUUUGUGCUCUUGGAAGAAAAGGACUUUGUUCGGCAGCGAACAAGAACUUAUUACGUGGACCUGUCACAGAGGAGCGAAAAGCAAAGUUGAUGAAACAAAGAGCCGAUUUAACAACUCUAAUUAACCAAUAUUUAUAA